UUAUUUUUUUUGAAGAACAUUAUGUUUACUAGGCUCUCCCCUACCCCAAAUCCCCCCCACAAACCCCAUUACAGUCAUUGUCCAUCAGCAUAGCAAGACGCUGUAGAAUCACUACUUGUCUUCUCUGUGUUGCAAAGCCCUCCCCUUUCCCCCACCCCUCCAUGGCGUGUUGUUUUUAAAGGGCACUUUUGCGGUGUGGGUGUCCUGGAGUGGGUCACUCUGGGCGUGUGUUGGCCACUGCAUUUUCCUGUCUUUCCCCCAAGACUGGCUUCUUCCAGGCCCAGGUGGUUGCCCACCAUGAGCCAUAGAAAGGCCCCAGGUGCCUAGCAGGGUGAACGUUACUUCUCCACAUCGGGAGAGGUUCAAAAGAAUGUGGCCCUGGCACAUGGGGGCUGGGAGAGGGUGAGAUGUCAGCUGGGUUCCAGUCACACUGGACAUCUGUCCCUUGUCCACCACUGUAUGAUGCCAGGGGCAGUAGCCACACCUCAUUUCUACCUUUUCUCUCCCAUUGAUAUUUUGACUCUGAUUUCUUGCCGCAGAUCUCACCCAUUCCCCUUCACUGCUCCCCAUGCAGGGCCCUCAACACAUAACCUACACGGAAGGUGGUGUGAGGUCUGUAUGUAUCCUUAAAUAGUCCUUGCACACCAGCUUCCGUGUUGAAGCAGACAUUUCUGGGUGUGGAUACAGCCUCUCCUUAGUACUCACGAGUCAUCAGCAGCCAGGCCGUGCGGAAGCCCAUCUGCAGAAGCCCGAGCUGGGGUCCCCACUGCUCCUGCCAGCACUGUGCCCCUUCCUCAGUCCCUCCCCAUCAUCAGGGCUGAGCUCUGCACAACAGGCCUUCCCUCAGUGGCUCUUGCCCCCAGUGCCCAUCUGCAGUCCUAUGGGCUUCUUAGUGGGAAUAAUAUGCCAUGUCUCACCGUGAAGUCAGCAGGCACUUUACCAGCAUUUCUCUGCUUACAGGUUCUCCCCAUAGAGCCCAGGAUGGGGAGGCGCCUUCGGAGCAAGGUGAUUGUGUUGGAGUGCCACAGGUCAGGACUCCAAAGGCAGGUCCGUCCACCAAGGAGGCCCAGCCAUAUGAUACAUCCGGCCCACUCCUGACAGACAUUUUGCAUGGGGCUGAGCACGAUGGAACACAGCGUGUGGAAUGGCCACACACUCGGGGGGCACACCCGCACCAGCACCAGAAGGAGCAGAGCAGGGGGAGCCCUUCCCUCAUGGCAGGCCGCAGGGUUUGCAUGGCAGAGAGGGGCUGGACGUGCGGGGAGGGUGGGGGGCGCUUCGCAGGCCUUCUGCCGCCCCUGGCCACUUGCAGUAUGGGGGAGCCACAGAGGGACAUGGAGUGUGGCGAGGCCUUUGAAAGUGGACAAAGUUGUCACAUGUGCAGCGAGUGUGGGGAUCCCUGCUGCCUGAGACUGACGCUAGUUGAGCACCAGGAAUUCCACCCUGGAGAAGGACCUCAUGAGUGGGGUGGCAGUGUGCCUUUCCUUAGGCACGACUCUGCCCUCACUCAACAUUGGGGAAAUCACAGUGGAGAAAAAGUUUUCAGGUGCAGCCAAUAUGAGAAAUUCUUUAGGGACAACUCCACACUCACGAGCCAUCAGAAAGUUCACUCUGAAGAAAAGCUGUAUGAAUGCAGUGAAUGUGGGAAAACCUUUAUGUACAGCUCCAGUCUCAUUAAACACCGGAGAAUCCACACUGGGGAGAGGCCUUAUGAGUGCAGAGAAUGUGGCAAGUUCUUUAGGUACAUCUCCAACUUGGUUACCCAUCGGAGAAUUCACACUGGAGGGAGGCCUCAUUCAUGCAGCAAAUGUGAGAAGGCCUUCAUUAGAUGGUCCCAACUCCAUCAGCAUCAGAAAAUGCACACAGGAGAAUGGCCUUAUAAGUGCAGCCAAUGUGGGAAAGAUUUCAACAGCAAAAUUAUUCUUGUUGAGCAUCAGAUCCAUACUGGGGAAAGGCCUUUUGAGUGCAGUAAAUGUGAAAAGACCUUCAUCAGAAAGUCACACCUCAUUCAGCACCAGAAAGUUCACACUGAAGAGAGACUUUUUGAGCACUGUAAAUGUGGGGAAUUCUUUACACGAAUGUCUGGACUUAUUGAACACCUGAGAUACCACACUACACCAAGGCCUCACGAGUGCAGCAAAUGUGGGAGAGCCUUCAUUAGAAAGGCCCACCUCACUCAGCACCAGACGGUCCACACAGGGGAAAAGCCUUAUGAAUGCAGCAAAUGUACCAAGUGUUUUAGGCACCUAUCCAACGUCAGUAGACACCAGAAAGUUCACAGUGGAGAAAGUCUGUAAGUGCAGCAAAUGUGGGGGAUUCCUCAGGUACAACUCCAGCCUCAUGGAACCGCAGACACUUCACUGGAACAGAGCACUUAAGAGUCGCAACUGGUUCUUGAUCAGAAAAUCCACACUGAAGCUUUCUGAGCACCGCGAAUGUGGGGUUACACAACUACACUAUUACCUUAUUAAAUACUGGAGAAUUCAUACCAGGUCAAGCCUUUAUGAGUUCAGCAAAUAUAGCAAGGCCUUUGUUAAAAGUCUUGCCUCAUUGGUCACUGGAAAUCCACGGUGGAGGAAAGCUUUAUGAAUACAGCUAGUGGGGAAUUACUUAGGUCCAUGCCAACUGUAUUGAAUAAACAUCAGAGACUUCACACUGGGUAUAGGCAUCAAGAGUGAAUACAAGGAAGGCGAAAAAGUCUUAACAAAAACUCCCACCUCAUUCAGCACCAGGGAAAGAGCUUGUGAGUACAGCAGCUGGGAAAGUUUUCAGCCAAAGUUUUCUCUAAGUCAGCGCUGGAAACUACUAUAUAUAUAGUUUUUUUUUUUAAGUCAUGGUAACACAUCACAUAAAAUUUACCAUCUUACCCAUUUUUAACUGUAGUUCCAUAAUGUGACAUACAUUCAUACUGUGCAGUGAAUAACCAUAACUUUCCAUCUUGUGAAACUGAAAUCUGUUAAAACAACUUGACAUUCUCCCCUUCCUCCAUAACAACCACUGUUCUACUUGUGUCUUUAUGAAUUUUUCUACUGUAGGCCCCUCAUAAGAACCAUAAAGUUUUUGUGGUUUUGAGACUGGUUUAUAACAUAUAGCAUAUCCUAAGGGUUCAUCUUUGUGGCUUCUGUCUGAAUUUUCCUUCCGUCUUAAUGCUGAAUAAUACUCCAUUAUAUGUGUGCCACUUUUUUACUCAACUGCUUACUGGCAUUGGGUUGCUUCUACCUUUUGACUUGUAAAUAAUGCUACUAUGACAUGAGUGUGCAAAUAUUUCUUCAGUAUCUUGCUUUCAGUUCUUUUUGUCUGUGUUCCAAUAAGUGAAAUUGCUGGAUCAUGUGGUAAUGCUAUUUUAAUUUUUUUGAGAAACUGUUUUCCAUAAUGGUGGCACUAUUACACUUUCAGACCAGUUGUGCAUGAGAUUUCCAGUUUAUCAAUGCUUUUUUUUUUUUGGUAGUAGCUCUUCUAAGGGUGUAUAUCAUCGUGGUUUUGAUUUGCUUUUCUUUAAGUAGUAUGGAGCAUUCCUUUAUUGUCCAUUUUUAUAUGUCUUUGAAGAAAUAUCUGUUCUGUCCUUUUGUCUCUGUAAAUAUUUGUUUUAAUUGAGUUCUUUAUUCUGGAUAUAAACAUCCUAUCAGGUAUUUUGAUUUGUAAAUACUCUCUCCCAUACUCUGUUGCAUUUUCACUCUUGCUUUCUGCAGUAUUAAUUUUUUUUGAUGCAGUUUUAAAUUUUGAUAUAGUCUAUGAUUUAUCAAUUUUUAACUUGUAUGUGCUGUUUUAUGUCUAGGAAAUCAUUGUCAGUGUCAGGAAGUUUUCUCCCUGUUUUCUUCUAAGUUAGGUAGUUUUAGAUCUUAUGUAGUUGAUUCAUUUUGAGGUCAUUUUUCUAUAAUGAUGUACUAUCCAACUUCAUUCUUUUGCAUGUGGAUAUCCAGUUUUCCCUGUGCCAUUUGUUCAAAUGGUGUUCUUUCCCUCUUGAGCUCCUUUGCACUCAAGUCAAAAUCAUUUGACUGUAUAUGAGAGAGUUCAUGUCUUUGCUCUUAAUUCUGUGCCAUUGGUGUGUGUAUAUCUUAUGCUAGUAUCACAGUGUUUUUUGAUGUAGUUUUAAAGCCUUGUCAAGAGGCCAGUCAUGUCUGCUUUGGGAGCAGCUGAUUAACCACAUCCACCAAAACUUCCCUUAUAGAGCUGUCACACUCUGGGCCACUAUAUACCUGUCCUGAUCACCCCGGGGUUGGGUACUAGAAAACCAGGGACAGCUUCUGCACCUUGAAACCUGAGAAAUUAUUCAAUCCAUGGGGAUCCCUGGAAAGGUAACUGCUCCACUGAGCUCCAGCUUGCUGUUGUCCCUCACUACAACCUCCUGCUGGGCCUGAUCUCUUGUUCCUCCCUGUAAGUUACAGAGUGUUGCCUUUCAUCUAUCCAACUGGUAUUGUGUCAUGAACCCCCAUCAAAAAAGAAUUUUAAAAUCUUAUAAAGCAUCUCCACACCCAGAAGGGUAUUCUGAAUACAGUGGGUACUGGGCAGUCUUCAGCCAUUAGCCUGUCCUCACUCAGCACCAGGAAGUUCACACUGGAGAUAAACCCUAGGAGUACAGGCGGUAUGCCCUUUCCUUUUCAACACAGUAACGCAAACAGAGCUAAGCACUGGAGAUUAGCCUGUGUGAGUGUAAUAGCAGCCCGAAACUGCACCCCUAUAUGCAGACAUGCACACUAGGCAGGCAGCACUGGCAUGGGGGGGGGGCUUUCAUGAACUUAUGUUGCACUUUCAGACCUGCCUGGGGCCCAGGGCCCUUGCCAGCUGUGUCACUGCCAGUGUCUCACAGAAGGUAUCCUCUACCAGCUGGCAAGGAACCAUGGUGUGUUAUGUUUCACCGAAGUCUCUCAAGUGCUCGGGGAGAGCAGGUUGCUGUGCUCUCGCUUCAUGUGGAAUAUGCAUCAGGGUUGGCAAGGCCUCGUCCCCUCCCCACUGACCAGCUUGGGUGUGGCGAUUACCCAGCUUUCAGUAAGCAGAUUCCAUCUGGCUUCAACGGGGAGUUUACAGGGGUUUCUCUCACAUCUCAUGAUGCAUAUUGUGCAUUUUCCAGCCCCCAGGUCACCCAACAAAGAAACUCCCUGCUCACCCUUCUGGCUUUGGUAACAAUAAAGAUCUGAUUCUUUAAGCUA